AUGACAGACACCGUAGUCAUAACUCCGGCACCAGUCGUCACAUCGCCGGCCGCCAAGAAGUCUCCUGCAAAGAAGAAGUUGUUGGCUUCUGGAGCCAAGAAGACUACCGUUGCGUUGCAUCCGACCACCGCUGUGAUGGUCACCUCGGCUAUCAAAGAGCUCAAGGAGAAGAAGGGUUCGUCGCUGCCAGCCAUUAAAAAAUACUUAGCAGCCAACUACAAAGUCGAUCCCGCCAAGUUGGCGCCUUUCAUCAGAAAGUUUUUGAAAGCCGCCGUCGCCAACGGUGCCGUCGUUCAGACCAAGGGAACCGGCGCUUCGGGACACUUCAAGUUGUCCGUCGCGGAGGUCAAGGCAAAAAAGGUCGUUGUAGCGAAAAAAAAAGAAAUCGAUCGUCAAAAAUGUCAAAGCCGCCGGAACACCCAAGAAAAAGAAGCUAGCUGUAGCCAAAAAACCCGCGGCUGGUGA